AUGACCCUCUUCAAGCCCAUCAUGGCCCGCGCUCCGAACCCGCAGCAGGCCAGACUUCCGCCGUCCGAGCCCAGCUUCGUCAAAACCAACCGCAUUUUGCUCAGCGGCAAGCAGGUGGGGGAAUUUACGCCAGGCUGCUUCACACCCAACAACGAGAUCGCCGAAGCCAUCAUUUGCAGUGAGCGGGCGGUCACAGAAUCCAUCGAGACUCUAGCGACAGGGAACCUGUUGAACUGAGUGGGUUCCUUGGCACCAAGAUUCACGGACUGAGCACUGAUGUUCAAUGCGAGACUCUCAGUCAGCACAGAUCCACACAAUGACACAGUCCUGACAUAGCGUCAUAUCAUGGCACACUGUCUCUAUAUAAGGGGGUAAUUCCCCUGGGAGGAUUAGAGAGGACAAAUUUUCUGUUAAAACAAGAAAGGGACAUUCUGAGGCACCCUAACC